CACGUUUCAGAGCCUCUCGUUCGAGAUCAGCGGCCGUUAUUUUAUAUGGGUCAUCGCGUGCAGUAUGUGCAGCGUGUAGCAGCCAUAAACUGGUUGGAAUUUGACGCUCAAAUGAAUUCCUGCGCGCGGCCGGCCACGAUGGUCACCGUGACUGGUGUACAUACUAUGCAUACUUAUGAAUGGCUCGCCCGCGCUCUGGAUCUCCCGCUGUCAGCUGCCUAAUAUUUAUCAAUUCUUGCUCGAAGCUUGAAUUCCUUUUGGUCGACUUUAUGUCCGUCACUGAAUGCCUGUCCCGUUGCAUAUAUAGUCAGUUCCGUAGAGCCCUUCCGGUACCGCAUUCCUUGACCACACCCUCCCUCCGAGUUCAAUAAACCAAUAUUCACUUUCAACAUUCAUUCAACAUGAAGCGAGCAGCAGCAUUGCUUAUGCAGAAGAUUACUCUGCUUCCUUCCGUACCCCAGGUCGACAUCCCUGCGUUCUUUUCCAAAUCAGUGGAAGACCUCGAACAAAUAGUCAAACGAGGACCAUCCCUUUACUCUUACAGACCUGCAUACAUUGAUGCACUGAGGAACAUCAAGUCGGGGAUCAAUGACAGGGAGUUUUUGCUAGAGAAACUUUUGAUAUUGAUGUCGCGCCUUCCUGACGACUCAGCCUUCGCCAAACAACUUCAGAUUUCCGUGAUCGAUAUCCGACCUUCCUCACCCGCCUUGCACUUUCCUGAAGAAUCCUGUAAUAGCUCCUCUAUCCUAGCUCCAGGGGCAAAGCCAUACAUCUUCCGUAGUGCUGAUGGCUCUGAUUAUUCGUUCUCUACGCCGAACCUUGGUCAAGCAGGCCAACCAUAUGCGCGGUCGGUGCCUUCUACGCACAUUCCGUCGCGUUAUCCGUUACCAGAUCCAGGAGAAAUCUUUGACACCCUUCUGCUUCGCCGUCAGAAUGACUUCAUCCCUCAUCCUGGAGGCCUUUCCAGUUUAUUCUUCGCAUUUGCAAAUCUUAUUAUUCACAGUAUAUUUGAUACGAACUCCCUCGACUCGACGGUCAACAAUGCUAGCAGCUACCUCGACCUGAGUAUCGUUUAUGGGCACAACGACGAGCAGGUCGAUAGCAUACGCAAGAAGGACGGAACCGGUCACAUUUGGGAAGAUGUAUUUGCUGACAAGCGUCUCUUGUUCAUGCCCCCCUCCGUGGGUGCCCUUGCAGUCCUAUUCAGUCGCCAUCACAAUUAUAUCGCCAGCAAGAUCCUUAGCCUCAACGAGCGAGGGAAAUUUGUAUGUCCACCGCCCCUUCAAGAAGAGCAACGUACUGCUCAGUGCGAUGAGCUCUUUCACCGUGCUCGACUGGUCAAUACUGCAUUCUUCAUGCAGAUCAUCUUAACGGACUACGUCGGAGGCAUUCUUGGUCUUAUCAGGGAUGGACUGACUUGGCGAUUGAACCCACUUCAGGGGUUUCGCGAGGAAACGCAUAGUGUUUCCCAACGAGGAGCCGGUAAUGCCGUCUCGCUGGAGUUCAACAUGCUCUAUCGCUGGCAUGCGGCGAUAUCACGUCAAGACGAAGCGUGGCUUGACCACACCUUCAGGGACCUUUUUUCUGACCGGGACCCCUCGACUGUUACUGUCGAAGAGUUCAAAGCGGCCGUCCGCAGGGAUACUCUUCAAGUACUCGAAGUUCGCUCUUGGACGUUUGGCGGUCUUACGCGAGGGCAAGAUGGUCGAUUCAGCGACCCCGAUAUUGCCCGUAUUUUACAGGAUGCAACAGCCGACAGUGCGGGUGCCUUUCGUGCGAGGGGCGUUCCGGGUGUAAUGCGAAUUGUCGAGAUUUUGGGAAUAGAGCAGGCACGAGCCUGGAGCACUUGUACAUUGAAUGAAUUUCGUCGCUUCAUGGGCCUGAAACUUGCAUUCCCAGCAUACAAGAGCUUCGAUGAAUGGAAUCCAGAUCCAAUGAUUCAUAUCGCAGCCGAGCGCUUGUACGGGGACAUCGAAAACUUGGAACUGCAUGCAAGUCUCAAUGUGGGCUUGCAAGCUGAGGAAACAAAACCUCCCAUUCCUGGUGCUGGCCUCUGCCCUGGAUACACUAUUUCACGUGCCAUCCUCGCCGAUGCCGUAUGCCUGACCCGCGGAGACAGGUUUCUUACAGUGGACUUCACUCCUUCCAAUUUGACGUCAUGGGGUUACCAGCAUUGCAUGGUGAACAAGGCGGACGGGUCCUAUGGCGGCAUGCUCACCAAGCUUCUCUUUCGCAUACUCCCCGAUCACUACCCCGAAGGCUCAGUUUACGCUCACUUUCCUUUCCUGACCCCAGGCUUUCUUUUCUCGAGCAUGGCCGAGGCGCCAUAUAGAGCCGAAAACCUCAAGCUUUACGAUUGGGGCAGGCCUUUGACUGUUCAACAAGCUGCAUCUCCAGGUGUGGCUGCUGAUAUGAAAAUUGUCAAAGACUUCGAGCUUCGACUUUCGAACUUAUACAUGCCUCCAAGUAUCAGAGAGUCUAUCUCUGCUAAAGUGGUUGAACACACCGUGUCUACUACACUUUUUGCCAACCUCACAAGUGUGCUGAUUCGCAAGAGACGCGAAUUUGAUGAGCACGUCGACAUAAUCAAAGAAGUCCUGAACAUCAUUCCCGUUUAUUGGGUGUGCGCCAUCAUGAUUGGAUUACCAUUGAUGGCCAAGUCAUCGUCGCAGGAGUAUCCACCAGAAUUUUGGUACAAAGCCAUUUUCACCAUUACGCAAUAUUUGUACUUGAAUAACGAUCCUGCUUCGGACUGGACUCUUCGCGAGAACGCCACGCGUUCUGCCCAGCUAAUCAAGCAAUACCUUGAGAGCCAUUUAAGAAAACUCUCUGACGGCAUUAUUUCAGUCAACGGUAUACGCGAUUUUUCGCGUUCAACCCACCUGACAUCGCAUGAAGGUGAAGCGUUCCUCUCCGAGGUUCUCAAAGUUGCACCGCAGGCUUCGAUAGAGGAUAUAGCAUCGUGUGUGUUUGAGGAAAUCAUCCCUUCUGCAGCCUUGUUCUCCACAGUAAUCGCUUCUGUGGUGAAACACUACACGCACUCCGAUCAACACCCAGACUAUACCGAGUUUGUUUCCAUAUGUCUAGACACAGAGUCAGACCAGCACCAAGCCAUCCUGCGAUAUAUCUGUAAAGCACUCGAUCUGGACAUCGACAUGGUUUUGAGUGACAGUUCAUCUGUCCUCCGCAUCACUCUCGAUGGCCAAGUAAUUGCAAUUCCGAAGCGAACUGGCCUUUUGUCCUGGAAUAUCUUCUCGCAGAUCGCUCCUGGAAUCAUCUGCAGCAUCUUCCGUGCGGGUCCUAUUCAUCGUCCUCCGAUUACCACUCAUAGUAACGGGACACGUGUUGGCGCCGAGGACACAUCGACAUUCACCGAUAUCUCCAUCCCCACCUCAAUGGUAGUUGAGUAUGCCGGUCAUUAUUAAGACGGAACUCCAGACACUCAGCACUUGUCACUGUAUCAUUACGAGACUCAGACACCCGCACUUGAUGUAUUAUCGCCACUCGCACUGUUUACUAGAAAAAUCGGUUUGUAGUAUCAUCCAAACGUAUCUGACUCCUGGACCUAAGCCAUGUCGUCGCCUCCGACAAAAGCAAACUCUGACUCGAGGACCA